CACUGGUUUCGAAAAGUCCUUUUCGUUCUGCUGUGGCCAUUGUCUAGCAGGAGAACCAACUGGUUCACUAGAAAAAUAGUCCCGUAUCCAGAGAUAUCUGGCGUAAUCUUCCUCCAAAAUGGGUAUAAAAUUUCUCGAAGUCCUACGGCCAUUCAUUUCCGUUUUACCUGAAGUAUCUAAACCAGAAAGAAAGAUCCAGUUUAGAGAAAAAGUACUAUGGACGGCAAUCACACUUUUUAUUUUCCUGGUUUGUUGUCAGAUUCCUCUAUUUGGAAUCAUGUCUUCAGAUUCGGCAGAUCCUUUCUACUGGAUGAGAGUCAUCCUUGCUUCUAAUCGAGGUACAUUAAUGGAGCUUGGUAUCUCUCCAAUUGUCACCUCUGGUCUUAUUAUGCAGCUGUUGGCUGGUUCCAAAAUCAUCGAAGUAGGAGAUACUCCAAAAGAUAGAGCGCUUUUCAAUGGAGCUCAGAAAUUAUUUGGUAUGAUUAUUACCAUUGGUCAAGCAGUAGUGUAUGUGAUGACUGGUAUGUAUGGUGAUCCAUCUGAUCUUGGACCUGGUAUCUGUCUUCUCAUUAUCAUUCAGCUUUUCUGUGCUGGUUUGAUUGUUCUGUUGUUGGAUGAGUUACUCCAGAAAGGAUAUGGCCUUGGCUCUGGUAUUUCAUUAUUUAUUGCCACAAAUAUUUGUGAAACCAUUGUCUGGAAAGCAUUCAGUCCUGCUACAAUCAACACUGGAAGAGGGACUGAGUUUGAAGGUGCAGUCAUUGCUUUGUUCCAUCUGUUGGCAACAAGAACAGACAAAGUUAGAGGCUUAAGAGAAGCUUUCUACAGACAGAACUUGCCCAACCUUAUGAAUCUCAUGGCUACUAUCUUUGUGUUUGGUAUUGUUAUAUACUUCCAGGGCUUCCGUGUUGAUCUUCCCAUCAAGUCUGCACGAUAUAGAGGACAGUACAGCUCUUACCCCAUCAAGUUGUUUUACACAUCAAACAUUCCAAUCAUUCUCCAGAGUGCCCUGGUUUCCAACAUCUAUGUUAUUUCUCAAAUGCUGUCAGCCAAGUUUGCUGGAAACUUCAUUGUCAAUCUUCUGGGAACUUGGGCAGAGGCUGGAGGAGGACCAGCUCGUUCCUACCCUGUUGGUGGACUGUGUUAUUACAUGUCCCCACCAGAGACAGUAGGCCACAUAGUAGAGGAUCCAAUCCAUGCUCUUAUCUACAUCAUCUUUAUGCUUGGAUCUUGUGCAUUUUUCUCCAAGACAUGGAUUGAUGUAUCUGGAUCCUCUGCAAAGGAUGUUGCCAAGCAACUGAAGGAACAGCAGAUGGUAAUGCGUGGACACAGGGACAAGUCUAUGGUGCAUGAACUGAACAGGUACAUCCCAACUGCUGCUGCUUUUGGAGGACUUUGCAUUGGAGCAUUGUCCGUCCUUGCUGAUUUCCUUGGUGCCAUUGGUUCUGGUACUGGUAUCCUCCUUGCUGUCACCAUUAUCUAUCAGUACUUCGAAAUCUUUGUAAAAGAGCAAAGCGAGAUGGGUGGAGUGGGAGCUCUGUUGUUUUAGUUUUCUUUAUUUUAUUUCUCCUUGUCAAGAGCAGAUGAUUCAUGAAUCUGUUACAAUCAUUUCCAAUUAGAACUCACACCUCGACAAAUCAAAAUAUGCAAAAGGGUAUUUAAAUUUUUUAAGAAGACAGUGUUCAACAUUGAUAUGUCACAGUAAGACCAUACUAUGAAUAAAGCUUUUAUUUGCAAAGGACUGAUAACAGUGGAUUAUAUACACCAUGUACUAUUUCCCUACUAUAUCUGAAUAUCCAUAUAAACAUCAGUGUUUUGGAGAUUAAAAUUUUGAAUUUCUUCUCUCACCCUUUUUCAUUCAUUACUAUCAUUAAAUAAAAUGUUGACGGUUUGCUGACAAAAAAACUUGUCAAAUGGCUUGCCAUAUCCUUGUUUAAGAAAAUGUAACAAAUGAUACAAUUCAGUUCUUUUAUUGGAUAUAUUGUACAUUGUGUAAUGUCAUUACUGUAAAAUUGAUAGUCAUCCAGGAUUUUACAUUAUUUUAGAUGCCCCUAGUUUGUGUCACAUGGCCAAUAUAUAAUAUAAUAAAAGAUAAGAAAAUUUGAAUAAAA